AUGUCGUUAGUUGGGCAAGGUCGCGGUCGUGCACAAUACCGAAAUGAAUACAUCGCCGCAUUGGCUGCUACUUCAUCGCUUGUGGCAUCGGUUGCUUGUGCGGGAUGGUCCUCACCAGCGCUACCUGUGCUGCGAAGUUCAAACUCUCCGAUUCCGGUAACACCGGACGAAGGCUCCUGGAUUGUUUCACUACUCUCGAUCGGAUCCAUUUUCGGACCAAUAAUCUGUGGCCUGUUUGUCGACCGCUAUGGAAGACGGCCAGUGCUAUUGUUCAGUGCGAUCCCCUUAGUGGCCGGAUGGUUAUUUAUUGUCUUCGCCGAGUCCGUUGGUAUGCUGUACACCGCUCGGUUAUUGCACGGAAUCGGAUAUGGAUUAGCAUACUCCGUCACUCCGAUCUAUCUGGGUGAGAUUUCGUCCGAUGCAGUGCGAGGAUCUACUGGUGUGCUUGUGACAGUGAUGGCCAAGUUGGCUUUCCUAUUUGAAUACUCCGUCGGACCAUACGUUGGAUUCCGUUCCCUGGCCUGGAUCUCGCUGUCGCUUCCAGUUGGUUUCUUUGUGUUGUUUUUCUGGAUGCCUGAGACACCGUACUACCUGUUAGCGCAAGGGAAUAAAAAGGCUGCCGGCCAAAGCCUGCGGUGGUUACGUCGUAGCACAUCCAUCGACGAGGAACUAAGCCGAAUGGAGAAACUUGUGGAGGAUAGCAAACAGAAGGGCAAUCCCUUGAAGCAACUACUGCUGACAGCCACCAACAAGAAGAGUCUCAUCAUCAUCCUACUGCUUUCGCUUGGAAUGCAGUUGACCGGUAUCAACGCCAUUCUUGGAUACUCUCAGACGAUCUUUUCCCGGUUGGCUCUUCCAUUAACCGCGGCCGAGCUAUCGAUUGUGCUCGCCCUAGUACAGCUAGGCUCCGUCAUGUUGCCGACAUUUCUCGUCGACCGUGCAGGACGUCGCCCAUUGCUUCUCGCCUCCACAGCCGGUUCCUUCGUUGGGUUGGCCAUGUGUGCCGUGUACUUUACGCUUGAUGAAACCACCAACGAUAUUCUCUCACCUGAACCGGGAGCAGCACAUGGAUGGAUCCCGUUCGGAGGUGUGUUGCUCUUCAUUAUCUCGUUCGCCAUCGGUUUGGCCACCGUCCCAUUCGCCAUUCUGGGUGAAGUGUUCCCGAAACAUAUUAAAGCAGCGGCAAACUCCGUAUUUGCGGUGAUCACUUCUGCGGUGGUGUUUUCCGUAGUAAAACUGUUCCAGGUUAUUUCAGACGGUUCGGGAACGUAUGUUUCCUUCUGGAUCUUUACCGGAUGCACUGCCGUGACGGGCGUUUUGAUUUACAUCGUUAUCCCGGAAACGAAGGGCCAAUCGUUUGAGCGUAUUCAGGAGAUGAUGAUUCAACGUGGUAAGGCCAAUCAGUGUGCUCGGAAAGGUGAUGAUGGUGUAAAGACACGGCCUCUGCUGUGUUAA